CGUCGCACUUUACUUCCUCUUCCAACCUUUAAGAUGUAAACAUGGCGUCACCGAAACGACAACACAGAAGGGAAAAUCAUUUUAUCUAUGACCUGCCGUAUAGUAUAACCAGGCAGAUUUGUUGUAAUCUAGAUGUGGAUAGAGCAUGGGAAAAAUUAGCAUCAGAAAUAGGUUACACGAUUCAGGAGGUGAGGGUUUUUGAGAUGGCAUUCCAGCAUCACAGUGGAAGUCCAUGUAAAGAUGUUUUAAGUGACUGGGGUUCAAAGAAUGCCACAGCAAAAGACCUGUACCUGAUAUUACAGCGUAUAGGAAGACGAAGAGAGAUGCAACUUCUGGAGUCAUACUUCAACUGUGACUCCAAACAAAACAAAAUUGCCUUCCAAACUGAUCAGAUGUCCUGUCAUGGAAUGGAGACACCCUCCAUGAUUCUUCGGGCUUUGGACAACAGCAGUCUGCCACCUCCUCCAAGUAAGAGUUCCACAAAAGCUAGUGUUGGGGCAUGGAGUACAUCAUCCAUGAAUGGUUCCACAUCUAUGUCAGACAAAAAUGUCAACCUAAAUAUGCCAGAGAACCCUAAAGGGAAAGCAACCAAAAAACAUGCAGAAUACAAGGCUAUUCCAUCCUUGACUGAUGAACAGUUUUAUCCCCAAAAGAAACAUGACUAUUUGGGAAUCAUGAAGGAGACAUCAGGAUUGUCAAGCACCUCAACUUCUAGUUUUGACUCCAAGUCCUCCAUGUCAGGUGUAAAGGUUAACCAGUGUGAAAUGGAUGGUCCAGCUCAAGAGAAGGGGGAUAUGGAUGAAAAACCUCUGGACUCAAGCUUAAUGGAGACUCUCAAAAAUAAAGAUGGCUAUUCCUCACUAGCUAAAGAGGGAGGGUGUGACAUUGAUGUUGCAGUUGCCUUAGUGGGAACUCAGAGCUUCACAACCAAGGAACUCAACCAUGCUACAAACGGUUUUAGUGAGGAAUACAAGAUUGGGGAAGGAGCAUUUGGCGAGGUUUUCAAAGGAUUCCUGAAGCGCACACACUGUGCCAUAAAAAAACUGUUCUCAAGACAAGAAGAAGGAAUAAGUCAUCAAGAUCAUUUGACAUCAGAACUUAAAUCACUGAUCAAAUACAGGCAUGAAAAUAUUGUUCCGCUGUAUGGGUACACAUUUGAAGAAGGAGAAACCUGUUUAGUAUACCAGUUCAUGCAGAAUGGAUCACUGGAAGACAGACUUAGGUGUACAAAUAACACACGGCCAUUAGAUUGGCAUCAAAGAUUAGAAAUCAUGAAAGGAGCAGCUUGUGGUUUACAGUAUCUUCAUACACUGGAUCAAAAACCCCUGAUUCACGGGGACAUCAAAAGUUCCAAUAUUUUACUGGAUAAGCACUUGGAGGCAAAAAUAGCAGAUUUGGGAUUGGCCAGGCAUGCAACUGGUGGAUCUAGCCAGUCAGGAAGAUUAACACACAUCACCAAGAAACAGACAUUCACAAAACAGUAUCAAACUAAAGCCUAUCUUCCACCAGAGGUUAUUAGAGGGAAUGCUAUGUCAAUCAAAGGAGAUACAUAUUCAUUUGGUGUGGUAAUGUUAGAGGUUUUUACUGGAGAGUCGGCAUAUGAUGAAAACCGGGAAGGGGGACAAUUUCUGAAGGACUAUGUGAAAGACUUCAGUGAUACCGAGGAGAAAUGGUUAAAUCUAUUUGAAAAAGGCCUUCAAUUUACAAGUAAAGAUGUGAUUAAACAGUUUUUCAAACUGGCUUUACAGUGCAUAUCACAACUUAAAAAGAGCAGACCUGAUAUGGUGGAGGUUCACACAAAUUUGAGUAACUUGGAGGCAUCCAUCAAUAAAGAAUUUCCCACCACAUGUUCAGGAAUUGAUGAAAUUCAUAUUGAGCACCUUCCAUCUGAGGCAAUGUCUGAUUUAGGCACACCACAAGAAUCGCCAUUUACCAGCAAUGAGAAUCAACCAGAACAUAUUCCCCAUCAAAUACCAACUUAUCCAGUGAUUAAGAUGGGUCAACCUAUUACAGAAGCUAUGAAAUUACAAUUGGAAUAUGACUCUGGAUUAAAGCAAGGUGAAUUUGGAAUCUUAAAGACACAAACUGCAUACGAAUCGGAUCCGCUUCAAAUGGAAGAAAAAGACAUGCAAUGCUCAUCUGAAUUUCAAAAUCAUGAGAACAUGUAUACUGAAAAUAAAGGGACAGAUUUAACAAAGAAGGAUUUUGUGUGCUCCCAUGAUGUUCCAACAAACAGUAGUGUUUACCCAACAGACAUCAACAAGCUGGAAGAUAUUAAAAAGAUUGGAGAAAAUUUAGACAUUUCAAGUACCCAACAAGAUGAGCCUCACUCUGAUGAGCAACAAAAUGAGGGAACUGAAUCAGGUUUUAUGACAUCAAAUGAAACUGAGACAACAGUAUCUGAUUUAAAGAAUAUGGCACUAACUGAUACCAUUUCUCAUGACUACCAAACAUCUACUGUUACUUCUCAAUCAGAAUUUUCUUUUUAUGAUACCAACCCUGAAAUUACUGCAAAAGCGAAUCUUCCAGGAGGAAAUCAAGAAAGACUUGCACAAGAAAUUGCAGCAGUUGGUGAGAAAUCAGGAUUUGGUUCUUUGUCUCUCUUUGAAAAAUACAAGGAGGCCUUAGAUAUGGAGCAUGAAGAGGACUAUGACACUGGAGAAUCAGUGGAGUAUGAUGGGGAUUACAACAUCAUUACAGGAGUAAGUGAAAAUGAUGACAGUGCUUACUACUGGGAUCCAGAAGAGGAGGAGCAGAGUCAAGAGGAUACUUUUACUACUCAAACUGCUGAACAAGAUGAUGAUCAAAUUGAGACCCUUCAAGAUGCAGAAGUUCAACGUCAAGGACCCGUCAACAUUCAUUUCUGCCCAUCCAGUCCGGCGGAGGCCACUGAGGAGGAGGACUACGGGGACAAUGAUUCCAGGCUCUUCUCAUCCCAAGUCAGUGAAGAGCCACAAACUAAUAUUGUUACAGACAAGUAUCAAAAAGAUUUGACACCACACUUGGGAUUUAAUGAGGUUUUUUGUGAAGAAGAUACAAUGGAUCAAAUGUUAUUUGAAAACCCCAAAAACAGUGCAAGCCAGUUCACGAGUACUAUACCUUCAGUAAGCACAGAAAACAUGAGAACUUUCUCACCAGUUGCAGCUAAUGGUUGUGAAUCAGAAAAAGAUGUAAAACUGUUGAAAGUCAAUUCCAACACACACUGGCAACAUCAGAGGCUUGAACCCAGUGAGGGAGAAUGCUUUGUGUGACAAAGUUAUUAGCAUUGCGUGAUUAAUUAAAGAGUUUGAUCUGGAACCUUCAUAAUGAUUGAAAGGACUAUAUAUGAUAUUGUGCAUUUUUUUUAUCUGAAAAUUCAAGUUCUUAAUAGAGCUUUUAAAAUAAGGUUAAAAUAUUUUAAAUUAUGUUGAACAUAAGUAUAUAAGAAUUAAUUAUCCUAAUGACAUCAUAAUGUCAUAAAUCAUUGGGUUGUCCCAAAAUAGCAUAGACAAUUGGCGUAUUCAGCUAAUUGAAGACACAGGAAGAUGAAACUUUUGACACAAAGGAUGCAAGUAAUUGCAAUAAAUUAACGCUUUGAUAUCAAUUAUUGUAUGAGAUUAGUGAUAUGAAAGCAUAGUUACUCGUUUAAAAAUUUGACAUGCGGUGCAAUGUCAGAAAUGAAAAGUUAAAAUCAAAACAAAAGAAAUAAAAAUCGUGAGAAUGAGUACUUUUAGAAUAAAAAAAAUAUCAAAUAAUAAAUGCGCAUAAUUUUGUUUAUUAUUCUAUUAUUUACACAAUAAAUAAUUAGUUAUAAUGACAUUUUCAAAUGGCGUGUUUUGUCAAGUCGAAAGGGGGACCAGUAGUGAAAUGAUGACGUCAGCAUUUUAGGCGGUGCACUGAUAAUUAAAAAAAUUCUGUAAAGACCUUAAAACAAAUCAUAAGCUAAUUUUAAAGGAAAUGAAAAUGACCAAAAUUGCAUAGAAAUGAAUUUUGGGAAUAAGUUGUCUAGCAACAUCGAAAAUAUUCGGAUGAAUAUGAUGACAUCAUUUGAAAUGGAAGACAAAAUGUGGAAUGACACAUUUCGGGAAGACAGACGUAGGCAACAAGUAAUGCAGGUUCUUAAAGUUUUAAAAACAGAACUAGAAAUGCAUGGUACAUGUUAAAAAAAUGAAUUUCCAAGACAUUUCGGGAAAUAGAAUGUGCAUGUUAUCAUGAAUGAUGUGAAGGGUUUAACAGCGACGAAAAGGCUUGCUAUUUUCAACACCACGCAUUGCGCCGCCUGACAAAACCCACUGAUAUGAAUAAUUGCUGUAUAUUUUUCAAAGAAUAUAUUAAGCACACAUGGUCAAUGAUCAAAAUACAGUUGUCUGACGAAAUUACAGUGUACAGAAUUUAAGUAUUGCUCCCAUUUCACGCAAUUUUGGGACAACCCUUGUAAUGGAUAUUUCCCGACUGUUUUUCAACUAGGAAACAUUUUGCACAUGCUUGCUAUAUUACCAUAUUUUUAUGAACAAAAACAUUGAAAGUAGUACUUGAGCAGACAUGCUCUUAAUGUUUCUGGAAGCAAAAUAUGAAACAAUAAGGCCUUUUUUCCAUUAUUUGCUUAAUUAUGGGGGAAAGCGCAUUUUACUGGUGUCUUAGUGGAAUAACUAUUGGAGAAUGACCACUGAAAAAUACUAUUAUGAUUGACAUUUAAUGUUUAAUGAAGAUAUGAUUUUGAUUUUGAUGUAAUACUGUGUAAAAGUUGGAAAAAAUGGGGGCAGAUAUCUGACUUGAUAAAAUAACGUUCUUGGCAUCGUGCAAAAUAUUUUAAGGUGGUAUGGGACACUUCCAAUUUUUACCUCUCCAAAUAUUUUUAAAAGCUAACCUUUGGUUAAAUAUUGUAAAAUUUGAAAAUUCUAAACCGGUGAAAGUAUUUUAAUUAUAUUGUACUAUAAUCCACAUUAAUAUUGACAGGUUUCCCAUACCACCUUAAAAGAAUUUGUAUGUUUUUUAGUUAACAUUUAUUAACAUGUAUUUUGGUUACUGAUUAAAAUCCAUUAGCACUUUCAGGUUACUAUAGAAUUCUUUUUGUAGAUUGUCAAUGAUAUUUAAAGGUUCAUGGAGUUGUGAUUUUUUUUAAAGAUUUUUUUGUACGUUUAUAAAAUUAUGAAAAUAAUUUCAUAACAUGUUUAGGGACAUAAAUUAUGGUGAGUUCUACAAAACAUUUAGCCACCAAAAAUUUAAAUGAUUUCACAGACAGUGUCUUUUUUAUGCUUGUUGUGUGCCAUUGAUAUAUGUUUAUUUGAAUAAAAUGACAUAUAAAUGUAAAA